AAGGUUUCAAACAUAGCGGAGUUAAUGUACUUCAAAGUGAGUGACGUAACGCUUUUUGAUGUUGUGAGCGUAGACCUUACCUUGAAGUUUUGGUUUUAAACGCGGAAGCAUGUUUUCUAUUAGAAUGGACUUGCUCUUCUAUUACAUAAUAUCAGCUGCACUAGUAAUUUCAUCAGUGCGUGCCUGCGGCUAUCCUGGAUCUCCGGCUCAUGCCAGCAUUGCAUUCUCCUCCGAGGUCAUCGGCCCUGGUACAGUGGCAACAUAUACCUGCGAUAGUGGAUUUGAACUAUUAGGACCUGCUCGUCGAGUGUGUGCCGCCAACGGCACUUGGAUACCGCUAGGCAUUCCUUUCUGUGUUUUGAAUGUUGCCGUGGGAAAGGCGCCAAUGCAGUCAAGCCUUGCUGGUAGCGGAAUUCCUCAGAAGGCUAUUGAUGGAAGUACAAGUACAUUCUUCAAUCCAGAUACUUGCAGUAUGACACAAACUGAACGUUCACCGUGGUGGUAUGUUAAUUUGUUGGAGCCAUACAUGGUUCAACUGGUUAGGCUCGACUUUGGAACUGCCUGCUGUUCCAAUAACAGACCAGCAACUAUUGUUGUUCGAGUUGGCAAUAACAGACCUGAUUUAGGCGUGAAUCCCAUAUGCAACAAAUACACUGGUUACAUAGAGGAAGGACGUCCGCUGUUUCUGCCAUGCACUACUGCAAUGCCAGGCGCAUUCGUCAGCGUGUACCUGGAAGAUCCUCCUUCUAACCCAUUAUCAAUUUGUGAAGCUUUUGUCUACACGGACCAAGCUUUGCCCAUUGAACGGUGCCCAUCAUUCCGAGAUCAGCCUCUUGGUAGUACUGCCACGUAUAAUGGAAAGUGUUAUAUCUUCUACAAUAAUCAGCCACGAAAUUUGCUGUCUGCAAGACGAUUUUGUGAAAUUCGCGGCGGAAAUUUGAUUGAUGAAACUAGUCCAGCACUCCAAGGAUUUUUGAGUUGGGAACUUUUCCGAAGACAUCGCAAUGAUCCUAACGGACAGUACUGGCUGGGAGCUGUAAGAGAUCCCAGAGAUCCGAAUAACUGGAAAUGGAUUAAUGGACAAGAUGUGACUGUGUCCUUUUGGAAUGUUCCUGGAACAAAAGAAAAUUGCUCGAGAUUUGAUGGCUCCAAAGGAUGGCUAUGGUCUGAAACAAACUGCAAUUUAAAUUUGAAUUUCAUAUGCCAGCAUAAGCCUGCUACAUGUGGUAAACCAGAAAGGCCAGCCAACUCUACGAUAAUUGCAAGGAAUUUUGAUAUAAGCUCUGUUAUCGAGUAUAGAUGCAACCCAGGACAUUUACUAGUUGGACCCAACAUUAGAACUUGCUUAGCAUCUGGCAUAUUUAGCGAAUUUCCACCGAAGUGCCGAUAUUUGGAAUGUGGCUCACCUGCACAAAUAGCUCAUGGUAGCUACAAACUGCUCAACGGUACACGACAUUAUCUUAGCACCGUACAAUAUACCUGUGACGAAGGCCAUGUUCUGGUUGGACGAGGUACACUUGUAUGCGAUGUCGACGAGAAGUGGAACGGACCUCCCCCGCGAUGUGAUCCGUUUUAUUGCCGUCAACCUCCUGCGAUUGCAAAUGGCCACUUCGUAAUGUCGUCCAAUACAACAGUGUUUGGAACUGUGACAAGAUAUUAUUGUGACGAGGAUUUUGUUAUGAAGGGAAAAGAUACUAUAACAUGUGUAGCUAGUGGAUACUGGGAUGGUGAGCCACCUGUAUGCAUAGCAAAAACAGAUAGUAAAACUUCAACAUUCUAUACUAAUACAGAAGAAAAUGUGCCUGUAUCUGAUGUACGACAAGUUUUCCCAUCGUUCGCAUCUCCUUCUUCCUCAUACAGCAGUACCCCUGAACCAUCACAAAUAGUAGAUUUUAAGCCAUCUGCUACACCUUCUGUGGUAACAUAUAUUCCAGGCAGCGGUUAUCCAUCAUAUACAGAAGAUACACUCUAUGGCACGAAGAUUUCAAACGAAACACUUCAACCUUCUCGAGUUAUACCUUCCAUUCACACUUUAAGCACCAGUACAUGGCCAAUCAAUAAUGCCUCAGAUAAGUUUCGACCUGCAUGGACACCUCCUCCACUGGAAAUAAUACCUGCAGAUGAUUUAGAAGACUCGUUUAAUUAUCUUGAAGAAUCUCCCAGCAACAGAAUACAAAAUUAUGAAGAAGCACCAAACAGAAUACCUCCACAUUUAUAUCCGACUCAACGACAGUCCUCUGAAAUUGUGCCAUCAUCUUCAUCAUCAGUAUCUCGGUACACACCAAUUACUACAGCCUCUGUAAGUACGCAGAAGACAACACAAGACACCCCAAUUAUUACAGCAAACGAUAAUCAAGGAAAUGAUAACAGCAUCUUCCAGAGGAAUGACAAAAAUGUUAAAUAUGGCCAUAAGCACGAUGGAAAAUCUUUGAAUAGUGCUCAGGCGAAGUUGAACAUGGGUGGUAUAAUUGCAUUAGGAGUGUUUGGAGGCUUUAUCUUGCUGGCAAUAACAGUAACGCUUAUCCUCAUCUUUGUCCGACGGACUCGAAGCCAGAGAACAUCUCGCCGGUCUCUGGACACUACAACCAUUACUACUUACGAUAGCAGUGGCAGUGGAGAACAUGGACUUCAUAAGUUUUACAAGAGGGCUUGGGAAAAUUUGCGCUAUGAUGGCAAAAGUUCAGGAUUCCCCUGCGGCUUCGAGCGACCACAUUCACCUGUAACUCGCCAGGAAACACUGGACCAUCCAGCCAUCCGUGGUAACGGCAGAGGGACCAUUGAAGGUUUCAGGGAAGCAAGUGAAAUUACUGUUAAUGAUGUUGCUGCGCUAUAUGCUCGUCCUGCUAAGCGGGAUAAGCAUGGCGGUAUGUCUCGUAGUCAUUCUCAUGAACAUUUACGGGAUGAUAGUCCCUCCAGCGAUAAAAAAGCUAUACGAGAAUGGUACAGUCAGCAGUUGGGUCAUCAUUCUAGAAGAGGAAUCUUUUAAUGUUGUAUAUGUAUAAUUUAUUAUGAAAUGUAAUUAAGAAAAAUACCAUACUCACACACAAAAAAUGUGCUCCUAAUACAUUCAAAAGAUUUCCUUUCUUACUAUAAGAAAUAUGCCCUUUCAUGCAAAUAUUAUAUUUCAUGUAAUUAUGUCUUUAUUUAAUAUUGCAAAACUACACAAAAAAUCACCAAUCAUCAUCGGCCAGAAAGAAAUGCAAAAUGAAAAUUAUAUUUUCUGCUAUUAGAUGUUACGAGACUAUUAUCCAUAAUCUGUAAGGUUAAAAAAUGGCUCAAAAUUAACAUAAAAAAUGUUAGUACUGAAUACUUUUAUAUAAGUUGCGUAUUUAAACUUAAAAUAGUUAGAACCUCACUUUUAUUUCUAAAACUUGUGUUACGUUAUGAAAAUCGACCUUGCGUGACCCAAAGUUUUCAUGCUGUGGUUAAUAAUUACUUGACUACAUGCAUAUUAUCACAAACAUGAACUACUCAUUAAUUUCGAAUGUAGGACGAAUUUCAUUCUAGACCUGAAGCCUUAAAUGUAGAAUGAGAAAAAGUUCAAAGUUGCACUGAAAUCUUAAUUUAUUUACUGAAUCUGAUGUCUUACCUUUGUUCAGUGUUUCCACUUGUUAAUCAUUCCUUCAUUGUUGCGAAAUUUCGCGCGUUUUUGUUAUUGUGUCUGUUAGUUGUGAAACUUUUAAGUGACUGUAGAUGAAUGUAAUUUUUUGUGAAUAUUAUACGAUUGACCAAAUAGAUAUGUUAAAAAAAGCUUUUAAAUAUGUAAGAACGUUUUAUUAACUUAUGCUAUAGUUACACAUACAUUACAAAUUGUUUUCCUCAUAAGAGUUCAUUAUUUAUUGCACCAUUUUGAGCAGAUUUAUAUUUCGAUGUGAAUAAAUGCCUUUACUGAAUGAAGUCAUUUUUUAUGUAUUCGAUCAAAACUAAUAUACUGUAAUAAACUAUUCGUGCCAUCAUGUGAGAAACGCUUACAGUUUAUAUGACUGUGAAUAAAUAUUUAUAUAAAUAAAUUACAUUCGUGUAAAUUAAUUUAUUAGGCAUUAAAAUGAAAUUUCAUUUCAUUAAAGGCAUUUAUAUUUUAAAUGUUUGGUUCAAUUUACAGUGAUCAUUCUUGCUUAUUUAAAACAUUUUAAUAAAUAAAGUAUUUAUGAAUUUA